CCCCCGGGCCCGCGGCCCCGUGCGAGCGGCCGCUCCCGCCCCGGGAGGCCGCCCCAGCGCGGGCCUAAGGCCGCACCGUGGGCGGGCUGCGUGUGCCCACAGCCCGUGGUGUGCUCAAAAUCCCCAAAAACCGCGGAAAUGGUGCACACCUCGUGCUUGGUUCAUGUCUCGAGACGCAGAAAGGCGUGUCUGUCUACGGUAUGGCCCAGUCAACAGACAAAAUGUUGCUGCAGAUGGUAUCCACCGUCAAUAACUCAUCCUUGCUUCAGCCAGGCUUCUCUCUCCUGAAUUUUGAUGGGCAUGUUUUCUUUUUUGGUCAGAAAGGAUGGCCAAAGAGAUCCUGCCCCACUGGUGUUUUCCUCCUCAAUAUAAAGCAGAAUGAGCUCAAAAUGAAACCUGCCUUCUUCUCUAAAGACUCGUGUUACCUUCCCCCUCUCCGCUACCCUGCGCUUUGCACGCUCAGAAGCGAUGCAAGGGCUGAUGAGUACCAGUAUAUCAUCCACGGUGGUAAAACACCUAACAAUGACCUUUCUGAUAAGAUUUACUUUAUGAGUCUGGUAAGCAAAGCUAGCAAGAAAAUGACGUUCCAAUGCAUUGAGAAAGACCUGGGUGGAGAUGUCCCUGAAGCUAGAUAUGGGCAUACAAUUAAUGUAGUUCACAGUCGGGGAAAAAGCAUGAGUGUUCUGUUUGGAGGGAGGUCGUAUACUCCUCUUGAACAAAGAACCACUGAAAAAUGGAACAGCGUAGUCGACUGUUUGCCGUCUGUGUUUCUUAUUGAUUUUGAGUUUGGAUGCUGUACAUCAUACGCACUUCCAGAGCUUCAAGAUGGACUUUCUUUCCAUGUUUCAAUUGCCAGAGAUGACACUAUCUACAUCUUGGGAGGCCACUCACUUCAAAAUAACACCAGGUCCCCUAACUUGUACAAGCUAAAAAUUGAUCUGCCCCUGGGCAGCCCAGCUGUGACCUGCACCAUCCUGCCAGGGGGGAUAUCAGUGUCAAGUGCUAUAGUGACCCAGAUCAGUGACAAUGAAUUUGUCCUUGUCGGUGGCUAUCACUCAGACAACCAGAAACGGCUGGCAUGUAACACCAUAGUUCUGGAAGACAGUAAGAUAGAGAUUGUUGAAAGUGUGAGCCCAGAGUGGACACCAGAUAUUAAACACUGCAGAAUGUGGUUUGGCUGUGAUAUGGGUAAGGGGUCUGUUUUGCUGGGCAUUCCAGGGGCCAACAAACAGAUAAUGCCAGAUGCAAACUACUUCUACAUUUUGAGAUGCAAAGGAGCAGAAGAGGACAAGGAAGAAGAAUUAAUAACACAAAUUUGCAGUCAGACAUCAAGUGAAGACCCUGGAGAUUCUGCUCCAUUUGAAGAUUCAGAGGAGUUUUGUUUUAGUGCUGAAGCCAACAGCUUUGAUGCUGACGAUGCUGAUACUUACAAUGAAGAUGAUGAAGAGGAUGAAUCAGAAACGGGCUACUGGAUCACCUGCUGUGCCAGUUGCAAUAUUGACAUUAACACCUGGGUCCCUUUCUAUUCGACAGAACUCAACAAGCCCGCAAUGAUCCUGUGUUCCAGUGGGGCUGGCCACUGGGUCCACGCGCAGUGUAUGGAUCUCUCAGAGACCAGGCUUCUACAUCUCUCAGAAGCAAAUAUCAAGUACUUCUGCAACAAGCACAUUGACCUUAAUAAAGGGCUACAAACUCCCCAAAAGGUGAUGUGCCUGAAAAAGCCUCCCAUGAAACCAUCGCGCAAAAAGAAAACCAUGAAGUUAUCAACAUCAACCAAAAAGUCCUUUCUUCGGAGACUGUUUGAAUAGAUUUAGAAUAGCCAGAUACUGGUAAACUGUGUGCUGAAUUUUAUGCUAUAACUUACUUCCCAGUAAGUCUAAUGGAACUGCUGGUAGGAUAAGACAUUAUCCCAUGUAGUCAGUGGUGUUUCCAUCUGUCCAUAAAGAACAUUAUAUUGCCCAUUUUAAUUUUUUAUCUUAGUUAGUAGUUCUAGAAAUAUUUGACCUAAUUUAUGGCUGCAUUACUCCAGUUUUAUGUUGGUGUAAUGAAAUAAAAUGAGACUAAUUACUCUGGUUUUAAACAAAAGUAGUGUUUUAAGUCCCUUGUGUCAGAAAUAAUGAAAUAUUCAAAUAGCGAGGGUCAGUUUUCUUCAUGGACUUUCAUUAUGGAAAGCUUACAUAUGGAGCAUUUUAUUCUGGAUAAUUAAUUUUUUUAUUUUGAGAGUUACGGAAUGAUUAUAUGUCAGUUUUGGCUACAGUUGUGGAAUAUCAUCUCACAAUAAAAAUUAAAUUG